GCCGUCGACGGCCUGGACGGGCUGGUCACACACGACAGGGAGUUCUUGCGACACGACGUGGUCACCAUGACAACGUCGGCUGGCACCAAGAGGGAGCGCUGCCUGCUGCUGUUCAGUGACCUGCUCGUCAUCGCUGGCAUCAAGAGGAGGCCGGGCAGCACUACACGCAAACAAACCCCGCCACUGCACAACAAUUCAACGAAUGGGCUGGAACCGAACAAGUACAAAUUCCUGAUGAAGAUACCGCUUUCAGAUGUCAUCAUAGCAAGAGAUCACUCCGAGGAACCGAGCGUGCUCAUGAAGGAGGUGGAAAGGAUCGACCAGGACAUCAGCACGCUCCGGCAGAUGGGCGUGCUGGUGUGCAAGCUGCACAGCAAUCAUCACCAGGUGGAGGAGCUAGUGCGCGAGAUGGCGCACGUGCUGAACCGGGAGCUGACGGAGCGGCACCGAGCAGACAGCCAACUGCUGAUGCUGCGACUGCAGGUCACCAGCGAGGAGUGCACGGAGAACAUCACCGCAAGCUUCAGCGACGUGGACAAGCGGGUGACCUGGGAACAGCUUUUUAACCAGACGAAACACAAAUUAGUCGAGAGCUUGGAUCAGCGGCCGGUGCCCCGCUUCCUGCAGCCGAUCCCCGUGAGGAAGACUCGCGCUGGGCUCCAGUUCACGUGCGCCGCUCCCACGCUGGCGCCGCACACCGAGAGCGGCAAGGACGUCUGGGUCUGCAACAGUGACGGCUACGUCGGCCAGAUCUGCACGCUGAGCCUCCGUCCGGAGCCGGCCGUGACGUCCUGCAACGGCGUGUGCAACUCGCGCAUCCUGUGCAUGGUGCCAGUUCCCAGUCACCCGGCCCGCAGGCGCUGCCGGGUUCAGUUCGCUGCCGAUGACGCCGCGCCGAGGUCGGCGGGGGAGGCGCAGGGCCGUGCCGCCCGGGUGUCCAGCGGGCGCAGCAGCUCCGACAGGCCAUAUGAUCACGCCACUGUUCCCAAUUACCAGGUGGAGGAGCUAGUGCGCGAGAUGGCGCACGUGCUGAACCGGGAGCUGACGGAGCGGCACCGAGCAGACAGCCAACUGCUGAUGCUGCGACUGCAGGUCACCAGCGAGGAGUGCACGGAGAACAUCACCGCAAGCUUCAGCGACGUGGACAAGCGGGUGACCUGGGAACAGCUUUUUAACCAGACGAAACACAAAUUAGUCGAGAGCUUGGACCAGCGGCCGGUGCCCCGCUUCCUGCAGCCGAUCCCCGUGAGGAAGACUCGCGCUGGGCUCCAGUUCACGUGCGCCGCCCCCACGCUGGCGCCGCACACCGAGAGCGGCAAGGACGUCUGGGUCUGCAACAGUGACGGCUACGUCGGCCAGAUCUGCACGCUGAGCCUCCGUCCGGAGCCGGCCGUGACGUCCUGCAACGGCGUGUGCAACUCGCGCAUCCUGUGCAUGGUGCCAGUUCCCAGUCACCCGGCCCGCAGACGCUGCCGGGUUCAAUUCGCUGCCGAUGACGCUGCGCCGAGGUCGGCGGGGGAGGCGCAGGGCCGUGCCGCCCGGGUGUCCAGCGGGCGCAGCAGCUCCGACAGCUCCUCGGAGUCCGACUCAUCAGCGGACGAAUCCAAGUGUGGCCUGCGCCGGGGGAUGGUAGACGAGUCCAAAUCCCGCCGUCCGCGGGGUGCGGCGGACGAGUCCAAGCCGUCGGGGGACCAGCCCACCAUGUGGCUGGGCACCGAAGACGGCUGCAUCUACAUCUACAACUGCAGCGACUACGUGCGCGUCAAGAGGACCACGGUGAAGGUGCAGCUGGGCUCAGCCGUGCACGCUAUGGUGUACCUGGAGGGCCGAGUGUUCGCCAGCCUGGGCAGCGGCGCCGUCUCAGCGUUUCGGCGAGCGGCAGGCGGCGCCUGGGACUUGCAGAGCCCGCUGGUGAUUCAGGUGUCUGCCAGGCCGGUCAAUAGGCUGGCGAGUGUCCUAGGAAAGCUGUGGGCAUGCACGCAUAACCUGGUCAAGGUCGUUGACCCGUCCACAGAUACCGUGCAGCACACUGUGACGGUCAGCAGCAGCGCGCAGGCGGCUGUGCGGGCGCUCGCCCACUCGGGCCUCGGCGUCUGGCUCAGCUUCGUCCACACCACCACGCUGCGGCUCUUCCACGCGUCCACCUUCGACCUGGUGUGCGAGGUGGACGUCACGCCCGCUGUCACGCGGAUGUUGGCAGGCUGCGACGACAUCAUCCGGCAGCACAAGACGGCGUGCCUGCGCGUGACGGCGCUGAUGGUGUGCAGGAGCCUGCUGUGGAUCGGCACAUCGGCUGGGGUGAUCCUGAACCUGCCGCUGCCGCCGCUGGGCGCUACCACCAGCUGGAUCAGCAGCACUCUCAGCAUCGCCGGGAUUUCGCACGGCCACACGGGCCACGUGCGGUUCCUGUCGUGUGUGGACUGCGUGGACCCGGCCGCGGAAGUGGCGGCCCCCGCUCGUGGCAAGCGAUACCGACGCGACCAACAGCCGAGGCUGGAGGAGGGCACGGACACCAUGGAUACUGGUGUCGGCAAGAUGCUGGUCAUCUCCGGUGGAGACGGGUACGAGGACUUCCGCUCGUCGGGCUCCGAGCUUUCCGGCAGGGAUGACUCCACCAACCACCUGCUGCUGUGGAGCGUCUGAGGACGAGCCGCGUCACGGCUCGACAUACCAACAGGCUGUAUAGCUGGUGUGAGGGCUGACCCAAAUACUGGGCAGCAUCCCAACAAUACUGUAUUCCUGUGGAAUGGCGGAGUACUGGCCGAAAACUAAAGGCUUGGCUCGAUCAUUCGCCAUGUGCUUUGGCUUAACUGACGGUAGGUUAUGAAACAUGACGAGACCCAUCCCUCCAAUCACCUAGUCUCGUGGGAUAACUCGGGCCUGACUCUGUCCAUCUGGGGGAAGAACGCAGCCUUGGCUCCGAUAUAACUGCGCUGGCUGAAAUGUUGCUGUUCGUGCUGUAAGUGUGGCAUGUCUUGUAAUACUAAGUGUGUAAGGGAGACGUACAGACUGUCUAAAGGCUGUCUUUCUGUGCCCAGACCGAGAAGUGCAGUCAAAAUACGUGAUCGCGUUACCCGAAUACGGUUAAAUCAUCAUAGACAGGAUUACGACGCAUUGGCGAAAUGAGUUUGGUUAUAGUUAAGUGUCGCUGUCAACAUUAUAAAGACUAGUCCGUGCAUUUUUGUAGACGUCUGUGGCCUUGACCUAACAUGCACGGGUUUCGAACAUUGAAAUACUUUUAUGUUUUAUUUGUGGUCGUUUCAGCCUCAUUUCGUGGGCUUGUGGGAUAGCAGUCGGCGGAAUAUAUUCAGCGUAGUGUUUGCAGACGUCUACGGUUUUCCAAGCCUUGCAUUUAUACUUUGAUUCGGCACCUGGCAGAUGCACUAGUUGAGCUUGAAAUCUAAGCUUUGUUUUGUACAACUUUCGACAUCCUAACAUGCAAGCUGUGGUUUUUUGCUCUUCGAAUAUUGUAUAUUUCAUAUUGUGAUUCUUGGCUGUAGCUUCCUGUGAGUGAUGUGAGCUGUAGCAUUUUACAUGGCACUGCGAUGUGAUUUAACAAAUACACAUAUAACGCCAGUUUGGAAGUCAAUAUCUAUGCGCUCGAGAGGCUAGUUUGUUGGUGCGUGACUGAUUAUUAGACAUUGUCUGCUAGACGAAUUGGAUGAGCCUGUAUUCAGUGCAGCCGUAAGCAAGUUUGUGGAAAGUGUGAUAAAGAUGUGGUGGUCAUGGUAAAUGAGAGGAAUACAAGCCUAUAAUGGA